UGUUGCAUGUGUGCGAUCGCGUGAGGGGAGGGGGUCGUUCCCAGCAGCUGUUGCAUGUGUGCGAUCGCGUGAGGGGAGGGGGUAGUCUCCCAGCAGCUGGUGCAUGUGUGUGUUUUAACAUAUCUAACGGAGGCCCACCCCCUUACCUGUGUGCACCGGAGCUGUGGCUGGGCAAGGCGGUGCAGCCUGGGCGCUAGCUCCAGGGGAGACAGACCUUCGCUUGUCACAGCCUGCCCGGCUGGGAGCAGCAGCCUCGCCUCGCCCCAGAGCCCGGGCCGAAGUCAUCACUGGCGGUUUAAAUGCCACCACGGCCCCUUCUGCCUGGUGCUCCCCGUGAUGCAGCUGCAGCGGCGGCCAAUCCCCCGCCUGUCUCCGCCCGCCCCGGCUUCAGCCUCCGUCUCCGCUCGGCCGGGGGGUCGUGAGCCCGGCCGCUGGGCCUCGGGGCAAUGAAGCAGCUGGGGGAGAGGGGAACCCACCGUGCAAAGGGGUGAGGCCGGGGGAGGGGGCCCCCCCCCGCGCGCACACACACACACACACACACACACACCGGCGCGCGCGCGCGGCGGGAGCGCCAGCCCUUGCAGGAGCGAUCCUCGGAGCCAGGAGGGGUCUGAGAGUCUCCCCGCGGGAGCGGCAGAGAGAAAGGGAGUUUGUGGCUUUGCACUUUGGAAACAGAAUGAGAAUUCAUUGACGAUGGACAGACUUCUUAACUGGAUCUAACUGAGCAGGCAUGCUGUGUGUGUACCACUGGAGCUGUGCCAACCCUGUCCCACACGCGCUGCUGGGGAUGCUGAGCAUGGGGCCGCGAUACACCCGGGGACAGAGCCACACGUAACGGAGAGAGAGAAAGUACCCACCCAAGGAGAAGAACACGGUGGGAGAGAAAGAUUCCGGAGACAGAUGGAUCGCUCGCUCGCUAGCUCUCUAGCUCUCUAUAUUUUUGUUUUCAAGAUGUUUGAUCUGAAGUUCUGAAGCAUCUCGGAGGGGACCCAGGAGAGGGGGAGGAGGAGCAACCCAGGGAGCCCAGCGACAGAAGAGGCAGCUCCUCCGAGACACCUGGGGGUCGUGGGGGAAGGCGGAGAGGGUGUGGGGAGGUGUCGUUCCUGAGCCUCCAGGAAGAUUAGUUGUUUAAUUUUUGUUUUGUUUUAAAGAGAAGCACAGAUUUCCGCUCGCCCCCCCCUUUUCCCCCGAUUGGGAGUGGCAGGAAGGAGUGGAUUUUGCCCCCUGCUGCUCUACACCCCGGGGUUGGCGCGGAGAGAAAGAAAAAUGUUGGUGACAGCACCGGAUAGAACUGAGGUGCCUGUGCCCUCCUAUCGCUAACCACCAAGGGAGCGUCGCCUCUCGUCCCCUCCCUUUGCUCUUCGGAGGCUCGUUUUCCUUUUUGCCAGCAGGGGGAGGGGGGGUGCCGCAUCCGAACAUGCUGCUUCUGGGCUUGUGGGCAGCUGCCCUGCUCUGCGUGUUCUCCCCUGGCAUGGUGCGUGGCGACUGCUGGCUGAUCGAGGGGGACAAGGGUUACGUGUGGCUGGCCAUCUGCAGCCAGAACCAGCCUCCCUACGAGACCAUCCCCCAGCAUAUCAACAGCACAGUGCACGACCUGCGCCUGAAUGAGAACAAGCUCAAGGUGGUGCUAUACUCCUCCCUCAACCGCUUCAGCAACCUCACCGACCUGAACCUGACUAAGAAUGAGAUCUCCUACAUUGAGGACGGGGCUUUCAUGGGCCAGGCCAACCUGCAGGUCCUGCAGCUGGGCUACAACAAGCUCACCAACCUGACGGAGGGCAUGCUGCGCGGCAUGGCCCGGCUGCAGUUCCUCUUCGUGCAGCACAACCUGAUCGAGGUGGUCACACCCACCGCCUUCUCUGAGUGCCCCAGCCUGAUCAGCAUCGACCUGUCCUCCAACCGGCUGAGCAGGCUGGAGGGGAACACCUUCACCAGCCUGAGCAACCUGAUGGUGUGUGAGCUAGCUGGCAACCCCUUCAACUGUGACUGUAGCCUCUACAGCUUCCUCACCUGGCUGGUGGUCUUCAAUAACGUCACCAAGAACUAUGACCGGCUGCAGUGUGAGACCCCCCGAGAGUUCGCCGGCUACCCGCUCCUGAUGCCUCGACCCCACCACAACCGCAACGCCAUCACCAUCUUCCAGUCCAUGUGCCGGGGAGGCACCAUCCCAUCCCUCUCAAGGAUCAACCCCACCCCCUACACUCCCGACUCCCAGAGAGACCUGGAUGAGAACUCGGGGUUCAACCCCGGGGACUUCCUCUCCGUCGAGCCCCCAGCCUCCUCCACCACCGACUCCUCAUUCAACCCCAGCAUCAAGCUGCACCACGUAACCAUCACCUCAGCCACCUUGGUGGUGACGAUCCCCUCGCCCUUCAGCAAGAUGUACGUGCUGGUCCAGUACAACAACAGCUACGUUUCUGAUGUCACGACCCUGAAGAACAAGAAGGAGUUUGUCACCCUUAGCAAGCUGAAGGCCCACACGGACUAUACCUUCUGUGUGGCCUCCAUCCGCAACUCCAAGCGCUACAAUCACACCUGCCUGUCCUUCGCCACCAGGAGCAAGGGGAGGGAGGACCCAGUGCCCAAUACCUCCACCACCACUCAUUACAUCAUGACCAUCCUGGGCUGCCUCUUUGGGAUGGUCAUCGUCCUGGGGGUGGUGUACUACUGCCUGAGGAAGCGAAGGAUGCAGGAAGAGAAGCAGAAGUCCCUCAACGUCAAGAAGACCAUCCUGGAGAUGCGCUAUGGCUCGGAUAUAGACACCAGCUCCAUCGUCCACACUUCGCAGAAGCUGGGCGAGCCGCCCGUCAUCCCUGUCUCGCGGAUGUCCUCCAUCCCUUCCAUGAUGGGGGAUAAGCUGCCCCCGUCCAAGUCAAUGGAGGCUGGGAUGGAGACCCCCAAAGUUACCACCAAGGGCAACUACAUUGAGGUGCGGACGGGCGGCGGGGAUGCGCUGGAGAGAGCCCAGCGGGACGAUGAUCUGCGUGAGCUCGACAACGGCCAGGGCUCGGCAGCUGAGAUCUCCACCAUCGCCAAGGAGGUGGACAAGGUCAACCAGAUCAUCAACAACUGCAUCGACGCCCUCAAGUUGGACACGGCCUCCUUCCUGGGAGGAGGGAGUGGUGUCGACUCGGACAUGGCAUUUGAGUGCCAGUCCAUCCCUGCCAGCUCCUCGGGUGGGCUGGAGCGGCCCGGCUUCCUGUCGCCACCCUACAAGGAGAGCUCCCACCACCCCCUGCAGCGCCAGCUGAGCGCGGAUGCGGCUGUGGCCAGGAAGACCUGCAGCGUCUCAUCCAGCGGCUCCAUCAAGAGUGCCAAGGUCUUCAGCCUUGAUGUGCCCGACCACCCACCAAUGAGCAAGUCAGAUUCCAAGUACAUCGAGAAAGGCAGCCCACUCAACAGCCCCCUGGAUCGUCUUCCCCUGGUAUCCCCAGGUGCCAUCCACCACCUGGAGGUCAAACCUUCCUACCAUUGCAGCGAGCACCGACAUUCCUUCCCGGCCCUGUACUACGAGGAGAGUGCUGACACCCUGAGCCAGCGGGUGUCGUUCCUUAAGCCUCUCUCCCGCUCCAAGCGGGACUCCACGUACUCGCAGCUCUCCCCCAGACACUACUUCUCGGGCUACUCUUCCAGCCCCGAGUACUCGUCCGAGAGCACCCACAAGAUCUGGGAGCGCUUCCGGCCUUACAAGAAGCACCACCGGGAGGAGGUUUACAUGGCGGCUGGCCACGCCCUGCGGAAGAAAGUCCAGUUCGCCAAGGAUGAGGAUCUGCACGACAUCCUGGAUUACUGGAAAGGAGUCUCCGCUCAGCAGAAGUUGUGACUCUCUGUUUAAAAGGAAAGAAAAAAAACCCAACAACCACCAACAGAAGAACCACUUGACUGUGAACAAAAACCGAACAGGCCCCUCCCGCCAUGACAAAAACGAACCGAGAACCGUUUCUUACAAAGUUUACAAAAAAAAAAAAAAAAGGCAAACAAAAAACAAAGUCCCGCAAUGAAUUGUCUCUCCUGUGUUAUGGGGACCACUGUUCCUCCUGCAGCUGGUUGGGAGGAGCUGCCUGCUUUGACACUGUGGUAAUGAUGCUGACGGGCUAGCGGGAGGGAAGGACGAAGAGGGGGUUAGGCAUGGGCAGGGGGCAGAGAAGGAUGCUAACCAGCCCUAGACUAAACCACUAACCAUCGCUUUUAUGUUCCUGUUGUUAUUUUGUUCCAGAUGGUGGGGGGGUUUUAAGGAUGGGAGUGGGGCUCCUGCUUGCUCCCUUGGGGGAAGCCCCCACCAAGAGAAAAUGGGGGAUGUCACAAAACAAAGAGCCCCUCCUUGGCAUUUUAAGGGUUUGGGGGUCUUCAAGGCUUCCUUCCACCCCCCCAAGACUUGUGGGGUUUGUACAGACUCUAGCAUGUAACUGGAGGCUCUCUCUCUUUUUCUUCCACCUCGGACUCCAUUAGGGUUCCCUGAGCUUGGUUUUGGGUCUCCUGGCUUGUGGCCACAUCAGCCUCCCUUGUUCACUGAGGAAGGGAGGUAGGGCACACAGCACAGGGCUCUACCCGCCACUGGUGCAUUUCAGAAGAGAGGUCACCGACUUUCUAAGACCCCGGGGAACCCCUCACCCCCACCCCCAGCCGAACAGUCCAGUUGUCUUCCAGGAAAUGCUGGGGAGCAUGUUCUCUGGCAUGGCAAAGUGGGGUUCGCUAACGGCAGGGCGAUGGGGGAGUGGGGAAGAAGACGGGAAUUCCCAACUGCACUGAGAUCUGAAGGGUUCCCCCUCUCACCCCCACCCCUGCCCUGCCCCAGAGCUGGGGAGGGGCACACGUCUCCCACCUCCUUCAUUUGUGCUGCAGGUUCUGCACCCCCCCUUGUGCUUCGUGGGGGGAGAGGGGGGAUCAGACCCUUGAGGAGGGCCUAGGGGAGGAAUAACAGUCACAGGAUGCUCCUAUGCCUCCUCCCACCCAGCUAGACCAGAGCAGGGCCCCCUUCUCCCUGGGUGGGAGGGGGUAGAAUGAGUGGAUGGGACCGGGGACAGCUCUCUAUUGCCCAUUACACUGGAUGUGUAAAAAGAUGAGUCUGGAGAGGACAGUGUGGGGGACCUGGAUUCCACACGAAUAGGACACAUGCACCUCCCACAGAUAGGCGAGAGCUUGGAGAAGAGGGGGUAAAAUAUGGGAGGGAGGGAGAGAGAGAGUGUGGGGAAUGGCCAGGGGAAAGAGGUUACAGCCCAGGAGAUUGGUUCUGAGGCAAGGGGAAGGGGGGAGCAGCCUUGGGGGAUGAUUUCUUGGGCCCUCCCUUUGUGGGCUCUGUCAUGGAGGUGGUGUUGGGAUGGGAGAGUUAUCUGCUCCUGGGCUGAGCUCUUUCCCUGCCCUCUGCAAAACUCCCAACAGGCCUCCUCCUCCUCCUCCGUAUUGGGCUGGUCCUCUGUGCCACUUGCCACGGUGCCCACCCAUCAGAGGGAAUCCCCAACGUGCCUACAAACCCCACAUGCCCAGCCUGCUCCCCUCCCCGCACUGCUCCCUGCGACUUGGGCCCUAGCUCCCCGCCAACUGGGGAGAGGUGGGGAAGGGGGCUACAGCCCACUGCCCUCCCUUCCCCCUGUCUGAAGAAACCAAAAGCACAAUCUUUGGCACCCACCAAAUCCCCGGCCGUGUCCUUUAUUGGGGAGCCUGCUUGCAGGGUGGGGGUUGUUUCAAGUCAGCUGGCCACCCCUCUCCCCAACCUUUGACAAUCUUUCCCCUUUCUCAGGUGGGAGCAAAGCAGAGGCCGAGGUCUCCCCUCCCUCCAGUCCAACACUGAGCUUGUCUCUCCAGGGGGAGGCUGCAUUGUGGCUGGCUCCAGCCUCUGCCCCAGGCCAUGCACAGAGCCUGGGAGGGGGGCAUUCCCUCUGAGGAGCUGCUCAGAGCCCAGGGGAUGGUCAGAGGCUCUGGCCGCGUUGCAGGGUUGGGGGGCAGGGGAGACAAGGAUAUAGGGCCCGGGUAUCUCUCCACACUGGGCACAGGUACCAGUAUCUGUCAGACAGCUUGGAUCCUAUUAGCAGGAGCUAGUUAGUAUAAACAGAUUCUCACAUGCGGCGGUGGAGUAGCCCUGUCGGUCCUGGGAUGGGAGAGAGCCAAGGUGGGUGAGGUAACAGCUUUAAUCGGACCAACUUCUGUUGGUGAGAGAGACCCGCUUUCGAGCCAUCGACCUCGCCCGCCUAGUCUUGUCAAACCGAGUCUUGGCUAUUCGUGGGCAACAGCACCAUCCAGUGACUGGUGUGGUAAAUCCCAGGGGAUUAUUUCCUAGGAGCUCGCAGAGUGUAUUCCCUAUGGAGAUUGUUGGGAAGGGAUCCCAGGGGUAUAAUCCCAAGGAAGGGCCUAGGGAAGGGAUCUCGGGAUAUAGUCCCCAUGACGAUUCCAAUGUUAAAUAUCCUAGUGCAACCCCAGGCUCGUGUUUCCUCAGACCCCUUUGCUUGUCAGCGUGCAGCAUGGGCUCUUUGGCCCUGCGCUGACCCUGGCCGCAGCACAGCCCUUCUGCCCCCCGAGCUUGAGUAGUGAGGGGAAGGGUGAGUGGGGAUCUGGGGUUCAGACCUACUCCAGGGGGCUCAUAAAACAAGUGAGCCUGCAGAUGAAGGGAAGGGGUCAGAUAGUGCUGACUCCCAUCAUUUCAGGAAAGGGUGAGGACCUGGUGGGGGACUGACGGGACUGAGUCCUGUGUAUACCUUGUCCUGUUAUGUUUCCCUCCCCUCUGCUUUUCCUCAACGGUACUGCCAGUGCCUGGGAAGUCCCAUAAGCUAUUCUACAUAGCCACAUGGUGUGGGGUGAGCUGGGGUGGGGGUGGGGGGGCUGUACUUUGCCAGGAUCUCAGCUCCCAUUCCAUCCCCCAGGGGAGGAAAGGAGAUGGAGAAUAAGGGGGGUGGGUGAAGCGGUGGGGGGCUGCUGCUGGUCUCCUGGAAGGAGAAACUCCUCCUGUUGCCUGGGGUGGGGUUGGGGGUGGGUUUGAAGGGGUGUGCAACCCAAGCUCCUGCCCCACAGUGACCCCCAGCCUUGUGGGGGGGGGGGAGGUUUGCACAAGAGGACUGUUCCGAGGGGAUGGGAGGGGGAACAGCCCGCCCCUCCUCCCCGCUGCUGGCUGGCGAAUGGGAAGGACCGCCAGCGAAGUACACACACCAUGACUGAAAUGAGCAGAUCUAACCUUAUCUUUGCAUGAUGAUUUGACUGUAUUUUUCUGAGCAAACACCUGUUGUGUAUGUGCCAUUCUUUGAGAUUUAACCCCCUUUCUCUCCCUGGUCCCUCCCCUCCCCACCUUCACCCUGUUGUGAUUGGACAAGAGACUUAAGAUCUCUGGAGGGAGCGGACGCCAAAGAGAACCCAAGCCAGGUGCCCGAGCUGAACGAUGCCCCAGCCCUUCACGCUGCAAUAUCCAUCCCCCUCACCCUAUCCCCCACAAGUUUCCUAGCUCCUGGUUAGGGUAGUGGCUACCUCAUGGUCAGGUGUGAUGGGCCUGGCCCUGCAGCCCUUGCUCACUCUUGUGGUCGUUAGCCCCUCCUCCUUCGACCCCCACUGUUGUCAGUAGAGCCACUUGCAUGAGCAAGGCCCCCAGCCUGAACCCAUGAGUGAGGCCAGUCAGUGGAGAGACAGAGUCUUGGUUUGGGGUGCCCCAGCUUUGGGCACCCCUCUGAUGUCUUCAGGCCUGAUCUCUGAAGUCAAUGGAAAGACUCCUGCUGACUUGAGUGGGCUUUGGAGCUGACCCUUUCCAUCCCCCCCUCAGAUAGCUGGCAGGGUGGAGCUUGGAUGGGGGGCACUGUGUGGUGGAACUGCUAAUGCCUUUGGGAUGGAGGGGUGUGUUAAGGGGGCCACCCUGAGUCUCCUGCCCUGUCUGGAGUUCCUGGACCUCCAACUGCCAGGCUGUGAAACCACUCAGAGGAAAGGGUUUUCUUGGGGCAGACUCAGAGCCUGAAGCUUAUGGCUAGUUUCUUGCUUUGUUUCUGUGCUGGUGGAGAGAACCCAGGAUUCGUUGCAGGGAUGACAGGAAUCUCCGAUCAGUUGGCUGGAGCAGAACUGGUUUCCUGUGCCAUUGGGAUGGAUGCUGGGUGCAGCCCCCCGGGGAGAAGGGGAAGUACUUGAGCUGGAUUCCUGUGCCCCUGGGAGGGACUCUGAACCUUGAGUGGAUUGCUGUUCCCCUUGCAAGAGAGGCUAGGUUCAGCCCCCACUUGUGCUGUAUAAUACUCAUUCCUCGCUGCCCUGCGUCCUAUGUCGUACAAUUCCUCCCCAGGCUGCUGUGAAAUAUUCAUGAACUACAAAUGAAAAUUAAUGUCAAGAAAUGCUGGCUGAGGCGGUGUCCAUGUGUUUGCAAUGCUAAUCAGCGCCCCUGCCCGCCAGAGCCUCUCUGAGGCAGCUCGCAAGGAGAAGGGGCACAGGGGAGCAGGGGUGGGCAGCAGAAAGCAAGAGGAGGGAUGGAUGGGCUCAGAGAGGAGCGAGGGAUGGGAUGAGACAAGAGAGGGAGAGAGAGAUGAUAAGGGAAGGUGGCAGAGCGGGAGGUGGGGGAGUUGGAGCAAUGGAGAGGAAGUGGAAGAGGGAGACAGGACAAUGGAAAGGAGAGAAAAGGGUGGGGAUGUUGGAGAGGAGGAAGCAGGUGGGGGCAGGGGAGAAGGGUGAGGUUGACAGAGAGGAGGAGGAGUUCGGGUGAUGGAGGGGAAGGGCAGUUACAGUAUACAAAGGGAGGAUAAAGGAGGAAGGAGGGAUGGCAAAGAUGUAGAGAUGGGACUAGGGGAGGAGUGUCGGGUGGGUAGAGGAAGUGACAGAGGGCUGGGAUGGACUGUGGAGAGGAGAGAACAAAGAGGGAAGAGAGAAGAGGGGAUGGAGGAGACUGAAGUGACUGAAUGGAGGAGCAGAUACGAUGUCUGAGAGGCAGCGGUGGAUGAUGGGAUGACAGAGGAGUAGUACCGAGGAGGCUGGGUCGAUGGGGUGGCUCUGACCCCUCUCUGUGGGUACUGUGCCACAUCCUCGUAGGGCUGGAUACAGGCAGCAGCGUGGCAGGGAGCUGGCACUUAGAGCAAUGGGCCAAGUGGGGCAACAGUGCGCGUCACUGGAAGGCCAGCCCAGUCAAACCAUGGCUAGAAGCAUAUCUUGGAACACUCCCCCUCUGUGGAUGCCUCCGCUGGUGAAGAUCCUCCCAUCUAGAACCUGUCAAGCGCAGCUCCCACUGCCUCAGCCUGGGAUGUAGGGAGUUCCCCUGCAUAGCUCAGCAUGGGGAGUGCAUAGCGAGUCCUGCUACCCAACGGGAGGCACCUUGGGGUGGCCAACCAGUGCCUGGCACACAUGAAGCUGCCCAGGUUUGUAGGACAUCCGUUCCUGGCCAAUGGCAUCCCAAGAAACAUGGGAACACAGAUUUGAAAAUGAGCUCCUCACUCUAGCAGAGGGAGGUGUAACACGAUCCAAUGGCUGGAAGUGGAAGCUCGACAAAUUCAGACUGGAAAUAAGGCAUACUUUUUUGACAGCGAGGGUAAUUGACCAUUAGGAUAACUUACCGAGGGUUGUGGUGGAUUCUCCAUCGCCGGCCAUUUUUCAAUCAGGAUUGGCUGUUUUUCUAAAAGAUCUGCUCUAGGAAUUAGUCUGGGGAAGUUCUCUGGUCUGUUAUAAGGAGGGCAGGCUACAUGAUCACAGUGGUCCUUUCUGGCCUCAGGAUCUAUGUCUCUAUGAACAAGGCAAGCUAUUGGUGGUGGUGAGUGGCUUGUUCUUAACUCAUCUCCCCAUGGGGAUCUGCUGUCUUGGAAAAUCGCGUCUCUUCCCUUCCCUCCCCCGGAGGUUUCUGGCGUUUUACCCCAAGAGGGAAGAGUAGAGGCUGUGACACAUUGAAGUCUCUUGUGGCACUUGCCUGUCUCUGUACCUUGCUCCCACCAGACCACCUGCCCCCACACAGCCAGGGGCUGUCUCUGUGCUGCUCCCCCCAGCCCUCUCUGGGUGGGAUGCCUCCAUCUCCUCUCCUUUUCCUGGAAGGGAUGGAUUUCCCCUUCUCCUCUGCUCCCUCCUUCCUCCCAUCAGGCCGCACCAUCAUAGGGACACUUGACCUUUGCCUACACUUCCCCACCCCACAUGAGGCCUUGCUCUCAGGUGACCCCUGCUCUAGAAAUCCUACUUCCUCUGCUCCUGGGCACACUGGGGAGAAGGCUGGUUGUGAGGGGUCAGCCCAGCUCUCCCACCCCCAUGGCUUUGUCACAGGAACAACACCAGAGGGCCAGAGAAGGGCAGAGAGCCAGCGGUUCCCUCUCCAGUGCCCACCCCAUGUGUCCCUUGAAUGUAAUGCAGAUCCGGAGGCAGCUGCCCAGAUUGGUUCCUCGCCAGCAGCUCCUGUCCCUCCUCCUGUAACGACCCUGUGACCCUUGGUUGUGUAUGGACACAUUUGAUUUUUAUCUUGUUUUUAUUUUUAUCCCCUCCCCCCUUAUUUUAAACUGAAUGGCACGAAAUCGUUUUUCCUCAACUCGGAGAUUCCUGUAUGGAGAAAAUCAAUUUCUAUAUUUGCAAUAAAUUUCUUAUAAAAAAAAAAGCAAACAAAAAACAAACAAAACGAAUU